UCCCUCAGCAAGCCCUCAUUUCACCAGGCCCCCGGCUUGGGGUGCCUUCCUUCCCCAUGGCGGGACACCUGGCUUCGGAUUUCGCCUUCUCGCCCCCUCCAGGCGGUGGAGGUGAUGGGCCAGGGGGGCCGGAGCCGGGCUGGGUUGAUCCUCGGACCUGGCUAAGCUUCCAAGGCCCUCCUGGAGGGCCAGGAAUCGGGCCGGGGGUUGGGCCAGGCUCUGAGGUGUGGGGGAUUCCCCCGUGCCCCCCACCAUAUGAGUUCUGUGGGGGGAUGGCGUACUGUGGGCCUCAGGUUGGAGUGGGGCUAGUGCCCCAAGGCGGCUUGGAGACCUCUCAGCCUGAGGGCGAAGCAGGAGCCGGGGUGGAGAGCAACUCCGAUGGGGCCUCCCCAGAGCCCUGCACCGUCCCCAGUGGUGCCGUGAAGCUGGAGAAGGAGAAGCUGGAGCAAAACGCGGAGGAGUCCCAGGACAUCAAAGCUCUGCAGAAAGAACUCGAGCAAUUUGCCAAGCUCCUGAAGCAGAAGAGGAUCACCCUGGGAUAUACACAGGCCGAUGUGGGGCUCACCCUGGGGGUUCUAUUUGGGAAGGUGUUCAGCCAAACGACCAUCUGCCGCUUUGAGGCUCUGCAGCUUAGCUUCAAGAACAUGUGUAAGCUACGGCCCUUGCUGCAGAAGUGGGUGGAGGAAGCUGACAACAAUGAAAAUCUUCAGGAGAUAUGCAAAGCAGAAACCCUCGUGCAGGCCCGAAAGAGAAAGCGAACCAGUAUCGAGAACCGAGUGAGAGGCAGCCUGGAGAAUUUGUUCCUGCAGUGCCCGAAACCCACACUGCAGCAGAUCAGCCACAUCGCCCAGCAGCUUGGGCUCGAGAAGGAUGUGGUCCGAGUGUGGUUCUGUAACCGGCGCCAGAAGGGCAAGCGAUCAAGCAGUGACUAUGCACAACGAGAGGAUUUUGAGGCUGCUGGGUCUCCUUUCUCAGGGGGACAAGUGUCCUUUCCUCUGGCCCCAGGGCCCCAUUUUGGUACCCCAGGCUAUGGGAGCCCUCACUUCACUGCACUGUACUCCUCGGUCCCUUUCCCUGAGGGGGAAGCCUUUCCCCCUGUCUCCCUCACCACUCUGGGCUCUCCCAUGCAUUCAAACUGAGGUGCCUGCCCUUCUAGGAAUGAGGGACAGGGGGACGGGAGGAGCUAGGGAAAGAGAACCUAGAGUUUGUGCCAGGGCUUUUGCGAUUAAGUUCUUCAUUCACUAAGGAAGGAAUUGGGAACACAAAGGGUGGGGGCAGGGGAGUUUGGGGCAACUGGUUGGAGGGAAGGUGAAGUUCAAUGAUGCUCUUGAUUUUAAUCCCACAUCACGUAUCACUUUUUUCUUAAAUAAAGAAGCCUGGGACACAGUAGAUAGACACACUUA